CCACGUCUAGAGAAAAUCUGCAACAGAGCAACAGAAAUUAGUUAUCUGGGACCGCCCGUAAUAUUUAAAGUGAAAACGCUGUAAUAAUACAUUGAAUAAGAGUGUAAAAUAGGUGAAUUGUAAUGUGAAUUGUGAAUGCUCCACCACAGACCAUGGAGUCCUGGAAGAGUCACGUGCGGGCAGAGCUGUUUCUCAGAGACUGUAGGCAGAGAGAUCCUUUCUCUGGCCUUUUUGACAAGGUGUCCAGGCUAGAGGAGAUGCUGGCCUUUCACAUGAAACUCUGGCAAGACAUGGACACAUGCAGUUCCAAAGAAAAUGGAAGCUCCAGAUGCCCAGAUGAAGGCGGCACCCUUUCUUUGAGAGUCAAUGAGCUGGAAUUUCUUAAUCAACAGCUCAAGCAGAAAAUCUCAGAUCUAACCAGCAAUAUAUACCUGAAGGAGGCAGAGUUACAAUACUGUCACUCACAAGUUGCCCGCUACAGGACCGAAGCGGUUGUAUUGGCCCAGGGGGCUUUCUGUCUGAAGGCCAAUCUGGAGGAAUACGAGUAUCAGCUUGAGUGUCAAUCUAAGGAACUGACAGCACUGAGACUGGAGCACAGCUCACUCAGAGAGGAGCUGACUGCCGCAAACCUCCAGAACGAGCAGCUCCUCGACCGCUGGUUAGAGGAGAAGAAAGAGGAGGCUGAGAGGAUUAAUAAGUACAAUGCAAUACAAGAAAGGUGGCAAUGUUUGGCAGGUCGACUGAAGAAGCGGUCUCGUGUCAGAUCUCGUGCAGCCAACAGCAGCUCAGAAAUCAACCCGACAGUCUAAAACUCAACGCGCCGCUUCUUAAGACUUGCUUAUCUAUGAAUGUGCAUUUUAUGUUGUUGGCUAUUUUUCUAUGCUUUUGGAGAUUAUUUUACAAAAAACCUCAGAGGUUAGUAAUAAAGCUUAUUCUUAAUAUCCAUAUUUAAUAACACAGUAACACAGCCAUGUUGUAUUUCUAUU